AUGGGCUGUCCAGAUACAGAAGUCCACAUCAACGAAAUGUACAGAUUUUUACGAAGGAAAAAACUGAGACAAGAAAAAGGAAAAGCUGAAGUUAUAGAAGACGAAAAUCAAGUCUUAUUGGAACCGUUACCAACAAUGGACAUCAGACAAGGAUCGAGAGUUAAUGAUACACAAGAACCUGGAGACAUUGUGGGCACUGCUGAAGAUGAUGAAAAUGAUAAUUUUGGUGUUCCUGAAAGUGAACGUUCACUGCUGGCAACAGACGAAGGAACUAUAGAGAUACAAAGAGCGGUCGUCAAUGGAGAUCCAGCGGAUAGUGAGGAAUUUGUCAUACAAGCUGAUGACGGUGAUAAUAUUAUGAAGCAAAAUUCAUUGACACAAAGCGGGAGAAAGAGAACUGUUCUAAGGGGUCGAUGUUAUAUUGUUUGUGGCUGGUUUUUGUUGUAA